AGAGCCGUUGGUUUCAUCCUCGAGCGAGCUUCCGGGUUGCUACGAGGCUGGAGGGCUCCAGGGCAGCCGUUGUCUCUUUGCUGGCCUAAGAAGUCCCAGCAUCCUGAGGAAUCACUUCCAGCGCCACCUCCGCCCAAGCUUUCAGUGCCACAGGGCAUCGGCAUGGAGUAAUUCAGAUAUUUGAAGUAGAAAUCACUUUGACAGCAGUGUAUUGUCUGGAUUGAGAGAGAAUAUGGAGGAAUUAUUAUAAACAAGGACACUAUCAUGUUAAUCCAGCCAAGGAGACCUUGAAUUACUAGUGACAGUGAAGGUUCGAAAGAAGUGGAUAGAUGAAAAAAAAAGACUGGCGGUAAAACUUCUGUAGACAUGGCUAGUUCUGACAUGAAACCAAAAUCAAUAAGUCGCGCCAAAAAAUGGUCAGAUGAGAUAGAGAAUCUGUACAGAUUUCAGCAAGCAGGAUAUCGGGAUGAAAUUGAAUAUAAACAAGUGAAGCAAGUCGCUAUGGUAGAUCGUUGGCCAGAGACAGGCUAUGUGAAGAAGCUUCAGAGAAGAGAUAAUACUUUCUAUUACUAUAAUAAACAGAGGGAAUGUGAAGACAAGGAGGUUCAUAAAGUUAAAAUUUAUGCUUAUUAGCAUUUCUUCCUUGUGUGAUUUGUUAUUUAUUUUAAAAAAAACCACUGAAUUUCAGGAUAUAACAUGUAAAAUGUAUGUCACAUUACCAACUGUACUCUUCACUUAAAUACUUUGUAACUUAAAAGUAAUGAAACUAAGCUUUCUUUUUUAAGUCACCUUGCCCCACAGUUUAAAAUAGCUGAUAGAUAAGUGAAUAAAUAAAAUGUCAUCUUCUAAAAAUAAAGCAGGAGAAAAUUG